AUGGCUACGCUUCAACAAAAUCGAGAAGCAAGACGACGAAAAAUUAUUGAAAACUCGGAAAAGCGCAUGAAAAAACUGCUGGGGCAGGAUUACGAUGGACAUGAGGAUAAGAAACCUGUUGAGAUCACCAAGACCGAAGUCCCAGUUGCAGCUGACAACGACAUUCCAACUUUGCUGCCUGAAGUUGCCAAUGACACCUGUGAGAUUGAAUCGGAUGCUACAGUUGCUCACCUGAAACAUUUGAUAGCCUCCAGACAGAAUAAUGAAGAUUUCAAAAGUGUCAGUCAGACCGCUGUUUCAUCAAGUGAAUCUUCAGAGAACAUUAAGACAUCUUUGAAAAUGUUAGACCGAACACGAUUUUGCAGCUGCAUAUGUCUUGCCAUUAUUGUCCGAUGGAUAUUACCCUUACACUAUGGAUUGUUUUAUUUUCAGUCCAUAUUUUUGCCAUUUGCUGCCUUGGAAAUUGCCAUAUUCUCAUAUCAAUAUAUUCACAUGAAGGAAGUGCAGCUUCCCCAUUCCAACUCUAUGAUGACAGGUGCCCUGAUGUUGUCUGGGAUCAAGCCCGAAGUUAUAGCCACGUAUAACAAAGUGAUGGGCUACAUGACUGCAGUCACAGAGGACUGCGGCCUUUUUAUCUUUUCCUUUAUUGUGUGUCACAUCAUAAUGAGCUAGAAUAGUGAUAAAUACAAAUCUGUGACAGGUAGUGAAAAAAAUGUAGUGAGCAAAACAUGGCUAUUUGUGUGAAAACGGAAUGUCAUUCUUGGAAUAUAGAACAUUGUAAAUUUGGCUUGUGAAACUUUGGUCUCUACUUUGUGUUUAUUCAUCAAGAGUCAAGGCCCAAUUUUACAAAGUGAUCUUAGGGCUAAUAUCACCUCAAGUGCUUAAGGAUGUUAUGCCCUGUUUUAUGAAGCGAUCUUAGCACUAAGAUCACCUUAAGUGCAUAAGGACGUUAUUCCCUGUUUUACGAAGCAAUCUUAGCACUAAGAUCACCGUAAGUGCAUAAUGACGUUAUGCCCCAUUUUAUGAAGCGAUCUUAGUACUAAGAUCACCUUAAGUGCAUAAGGACUUUAUGCCACGUUUUAUGAAGCGAUCUUAGUACUAAGAUCACCUUAAGUGCAUAAGGACGUUAUGCCCCGUUUUAUCAAGCGAUCUUAGUACUAAGUUCACCUCAAAUGCAUAAGGACGUUAUGCCCCGUUUUAUCAAGCGAUCUUAGUACUAAGUUCACCUCAAGUGCAUAAGGACGUUAUGCCACGUUUUAUCAAGCGAUCUUAGUACUAACUUCACCUCAAGUGCAUAAGGACGUUAUGCCCUGUUUUAUUAAGCGAUCUUAGUACUAAGUUCACCUCAAGUGCAUAAGGACAUUAUACACUUAAGGUGAUCUUAGGACUAAGAUCGUUUCAUAAAACAGGGCCUUGGAGUACUAUUGCAUUUGGUGCAAUAUUAAAGCUUGGACCAACAUUUAACAGCACAACUUAAAAUAUCUUGUGCUUUUGGUGUAACUGAGGGCAUUGGACCAAUUUUUUUUUAACAAUAUGUUCCUGAUAACACUGUAAAUCUUGUAAAUUUAAAAUAUUUUUUUAUUUCGCUGUUGCAUAUUUCUAUGGUGCUAUUUUCCAUAUUUUACCUGAGUUGGAGCAUUCAUAUGCAUUGGUGUUGUGGUAACUAGCUAUUUGAAGUUUGGAAUUGGCAGCAAAUGGAUUGUUCCAGUAAUGCUGAUGGGCGGGAGGUAUUUUAAGGGGUUGAAAACUUGUGGUUGCUUUCAAAAUUAAUUUUAUGGGGUUUUUCCCUGUCAUGAUUAAUGAUAGGAUAGGUGAAAAGAAAGUUAUGAGUUAGGUCUUGAGUCUGAGCACUCUCUUACCCGGGGGCAGGACGUAGCCCAGUGGUAAAGCACUCGCUUGAUGCACAGUCGGUUUGGGGUGGGCCCAUAGGGCUAUUUCUCGCUCCAGCCAGUGCACCACGACUGGUACAUCAAAGGCUGUGGU